UGCAGGUGGAGCGACUCGGGCAGGACCGUUCACAUCUGUCUUGAAGGAGAAAGGGGGGAAAGAAAAUCUGCUCUGCUCUAGGCUCUGGAUAAAAAAAAAGAAAGAAAAAAAAACGCGUUAACUAUUCCGGAGGAUAUUAAUAAAUCUUGGCUUGUCUGGAGAAUAACGGAAUUAUCCGAAGAUACAAGUAAGGACUUUUUCCCCCUUCUUUUUACUGAGGCUGCAAGCUGCUGCUACAAUCAUGGAACCGAUACCUACAUAAAUCUUAAGGCUUUGGAAAAGUGGGAGAUCAUGGCGAAAUUAUGAACCUCUUAUACUCUGCAGCUGAUACUCUAUAAAGCUGCCACCUUAUGUCCUUUUAUUUUUCUUGACAAGAACACCCUCCCCCAAAGUGUUUGGAACAGCUCGAAAAUUUGUGGAAAUUUCCUCAAAAUCUAGACAUUAGAGACGUUUUAGUCCGAGUUACAGCAGGACCCUUCAAAGCGUCUCACUGGAUUAAAAUAGUUAUAUUUCCUGUCUUUUACCCUCCUGCUACUUCUUAAGACUUUGAAGCACCAACUGAUGGAGAAACGAAGGAAAGAGUCAGGAUAAGGACGAGAGUUAUUGUAACGGGAAGCGAAGGGAGAUACUGCCUGUUGGCUUGGGAACUUGGAAUAGGGCUCCUGUGAGCAAGUUUUAUAUUCCGUAAAAAAAUUUUUUACAGCUUAUAUAAAUUGAAACUGGGGAUUGGCUUUGUGGCUACAAAACAUCAAAAAAAGGCAAAGAAAACAUUGGAAAUUUUAGUAUGACAAGGGUGUUAAGAUUCCUAUGCUGGCCCCUGUGGCCUUUGGCCCUUUUCAGCAUGCUAGCUACCGUGGACAUGCUGGAAUUUGGUGGGGCAACAGGCCAGUACGCACGCUAUGGCCGCUGGGAAGCUGGAUCCGUGGGUGAGCUCAGCUUCAGUCUCAAGACCAACGUCAGCCAGGCCUUGGUGCUCUAUCUGGACGACGGUGGGAACUGUGACUUCUUGGAGCUGCUUAUCGCCGGCGGCCGCCUUCAGCUGCGUUUCGCCAUCCACUGUGCCGAGCCGGCCAUUCUGCACAUGGAGACGCUGGUCAACGACGACCGCUGGCACAUGGUCUUGCUCACCCGCAAUUUUCGCGAGACUUUGCUAAUGGUGGAUGGCGAGACAAAAGUGGCCGAGGUCAAAUCAAAGAGGAAGGAAAUGGCGGUGGUCAGCGACCUAUUCGUGGGUGGGAUCCCUCUUGAUGUGCGCCUCUCUGCUCUGACCUCCAGCACUGUGAAGUAUGAGCCACCCUUCAUGGGGCUAAUCACCAAUCUGAAGGUGGGGGAGAUGCCACCCACGCUGUUAAACAGCCAAGGCAUUGAGAGCGACCUGGAGUACCUCUGCACCAAACAAAACCCGUGCUUCAAUGGAGGGUUUUGCUCAAUUCAUUAUGGAGAAGUUCACUGUGACUGCACCCACACCCGCUUCAGCGGGAAGUACUGCAAGGAAGCUGAAGAGUAUGCUGUGGAAGGUCUGGCGCACCUGACGUUAAACGACCAAGGUGACUCAUCUCUAGUUGGCAAGGAAGAGUCCGUCGCCACCUUCAAGGGCAACGAGUUCUUCUGCUACGACCUGUCCCUGACCCCCAUCCAGAGCAGCACCGACGAAAUAACGCUCUCCUUCCGAACGCUGCAACGCAACGGCCUCAUGCUGCACACCGGGAAGUCGGCAGACUACGUGAACUUGUCCCUGAAGAGCGGCGCCGUCUGGCUGGUCAUCAACCUGGGCUCCGGGGCCUUCGAGGCCCUGGUCGAGCCAGUCAACGGCAAGUUCAACGACAACGCCUGGCAUGACGUGCGCGUCACACGCAACCUGCGCCAGCACGCAGGCAUUGGACACGCUAUGGUGACCAUCUCUGUGGAUGGUAUUUUGACCACCACUGGCUACACCCAGGAGGACUACACCAUGUUGGGCUCCGAUGACUUCUUCUACAUCGGGGGAAGCCCCAACACGGCAGACCUGCCUGGAUCACCAGUCAGCAACAACUUUAUGGGCUGCCUUAAAGACGUGGUGUACAAGAACAACGACUUCAAGCUGGAGCUCUCCCGGCUGGCCAUCGACCGCGACCCUAAGAUCACGCUGCACGGCGACCUGGUGUUCCGCUGCGAGGACGUGGCGGCUCUCGACCCCGUCACGUUCGAAGCUCCCGAAGCUUUCAUCUCGCUGCCAAAGUGGAACACCAAGAAGACGGGCUCCAUCUCCUUCGACUUCCGCACCACCGAGCCCAGCGGACUGCUGCUGUUCAGCCACGGACGUCCUCAGGGGCCCAAAGAGCAGAAGCCCGGGAGGGAACUGAAGACCGAUUACUUUGCUAUGGAGCUGCUGGACGGGUAUUUAUACCUGCUGAUCGAUAUGGGCUCUGGAAAAACAAAGCUCAAGGCCAGCAACAAGAAGGUCAAUGACGGAGAAUGGUGCCAUGUGGAUUUCCAGAGGGAAGGGAGGAAAGGGUCUAUCUCCGUCAACAGCCGCAGCAUGCCAUUCCUGUCCCCAGAGGGCAGUGAGAUCCUGGACCUGGACAGUGACAUGUACCUGGGCGGACUGCCCGAGUCCAAGUCGGACCUCAUCCUGCCGCCGGAGGUCUGGACGGCGCUCCUGAACUACGGAUACGUCGGCUGCGUCCGCGACCUGUUCAUCGACGGCAAGAGCCGCGACGUUCGCCGCCUGUCUGAGAUCCAGAGCGCUCUGGGCGUCAGCAGCUUCUGCACCCGCGAGCUGCAGAAGCGCUGCAGCAGUGCCCCGUGUGGCAACGGUGGCCUGUGCAAGGAGGGUUGGAACCGGUACAUAUGUGAUUGCACUGGCACAGGAUACCUGGGUACCAACUGUGAAAUAGAGGCAACCGUUCUGAGUUAUGACGGCAGCAUGUACCUGAAGAUCAUCAUGCCCAUCACCAUGCACACGGAGGCCGAGGACGUGGCGCUGCGCUUCAUGUCGCAGCGGGCAUACGGCCUGCUCAUGGCCACCACCUCUAAAGAGUCGGCGGACACCCUGCGCCUGGAGCUGGACGGAGGCCGGGUCAAACUCACUGUCAACCUCGAUUGUAUCAGGAUAGACUGUAGCCUCAGCAAAGGACCCGAGACGCUGUUCGCGGGGCAGAAGCUGAAUGACAACGAGUGGCACUCGGUGAAGGUGGUGCGGCGAGGCAAGAGCCUGCAGCUGUCUGUGGAUAAUGUCACAGUGGAAGGCCAGAUGACCGGUGCCCACACACGCCUAGAGUUCCACAACAUCGAGACGGGCAUCAUGACGGAGCGCCGCUUCAUUUCCGUCGUGCCUUCAAACUUUAUUGGCCACCUGCAGGGCCUGUCCUUCAACAGCCUACCCUACCUGGAUCAGUGUAAGAACGGGGACAUCUCCUACUGCGAACUGAACGCCCGCUUUGGCAUGAGGCACAUCAUCGCCGAUCCUGUGACGUUUCGAACGAAAGGCAGCUACUUAGCGUUAGCCACUUUGCAGGCCUACGCCUCCAUGCACCUGUUCUUUCAGUUCAAAACCACCACGCCGGAUGGCCUCAUGCUCUUCAACUCUGGAGAUGGGAACGACUUCAUCGUUGUGGAACUGGUAAAAGGGUACGUUCACUACGUCUUUGAUCUCGGCAACGGCCCGUCGCUGAUGAAGGGCAACUCAGACAAGCCGCUCAACGACAAUCAGUGGCACAACGUGGUGGUGUCCCGGGAUGCCAACAAUGUACACACGCUGAAGAUCGACUCGCGCACCGUGACGCAGCACUCCAACGGAGCCCGCAACCUGGACCUCAAAGGAGAGCUGUACAUCGGUGGCGUGACGAAGAGCAUGUACAGCAAUCUGCCCAAACUGAUCGCAUCCCGGGACGGGUACCAGGGCUGCCUGGCCUCUGUGGACCUGAACGGGAGACUCCCUGACCUGAUCGCGGAUGCCCUCCACAAGGUGGGGCAGGUGGAACGAGGCUGCGACGGACCCAGCACCACCUGUACGGAGGAGUCCUGCUACCAUCAGGGGGUCUGUCUCCAGCAGUGGGAGGGCUUCACCUGCGACUGCACAAUGACGUCCUACGGAGGCUCAUUUUGCAACGACCCUGGGACAACGUACAUCUUUGGACGAGGCGGAGCCCUCAUCACAUACACCUGGCCACCCAAUGACCGGCCGAGCACGCGGGCAGACCGGCUGGCAGUGGGCUUCAGCACGCAGCUGAAGGAAGCCAUUUUGGUCAGGGUGGAGAGCGCCAAGGGACUGGGAGACUACCUGGAGCUGCACAUAGAACGGGGAAAGGUCGGCGUGAUCUUCAACGUGGGAACAGACGACAUCACCAUCGAGGAGAGCGCGGUGAUGGUGAGCGACGGCAAAUACCAUGUGGUGCGAUUCACACGCAGUGGCGGCAACGCCACGCUGCAGGUGGACAACCAGCCCGUCAUCGAACGUUUCCCCUCAGGGAACUUUGAUAAUGAGCGCCUGGCUCUUGCUAGACAAAGAAUCCCAUACCGACUUGGUCGGGUAGUUGAUGAGUGGCUACUCGAAAAAGGUCGCCAGCUGACCAUCUUCAACAGCCAGGCGUUCAUUAAAGUUGGUGGUGGAGAGAAGGGGCGCCACUUCCAGGGCCAGAUGUCGGGCCUGUACUACAAUGGCCUGCAGGUGUUCAAACUGGCGGCUGAGGGCGACCCCAGCGUCCAGACCCAGGGCAACCUGAGGCUGGUGGGCGACGUGCCCUCAGUGCUCACUACCGAUACCACCUCCACCACCCCGCUGGCUGAUAUGUCCACCACCAUCAUGGAGACGACGACCACAAUGGCUACAACCACCACCCGCAAAGGGCGCUCGCCCACCAUGAGGGACAGCGUCACACAGAACGCCGACGACCUCUUGGUAGCUUCAGCAGAGUGUCCGAGCGACGACGAGGAUUUGGAGGAGUGCGAGCCCGGAAAUGGAGGUGAAUUAGUGUUGCCCAUUAUAACGGUGGACUCCCUAGACCCCCCCUCUAUUGCCACCCACUACCCAGUAAUUCCCCCACCCCCCACCACCUAUCGCCCUUUCCUCACCCUGCUUGAAACCACCAAAGAGUCCGUCCCCAUGCCCAACGGCCGCCCCCCUUGCCCCUUGGAUCAGGAGGAUUGCGAGGAGACCAUAGAGGUUUCGGGUUCGGGGGAGAUGACAGAGACGGAUGACGAGGACUAUUAUAAAAACUCCCCUCUGGUCACUGAUAGAACUGUCCUCCCUCCUCCCCCGGCAGUCGAGGGCGGGGUCCAGAACCCCCGAGACCGCCACUUCUCUCGCAACCCCAACUCCCAUCGCCCACCGCUUUCCUCCACCCCCACUGCCAACCCCGACCAGCUAGGCCCCCGCGUCAAACCGGCCGCUGGCGGCAGCAGCAGCAGUAGCAACAAUAUCCCCGCUGGCAAAAUGAACACCCGGGAUCAAGUGCUGCUGCCGCCGGCCCACCCCUCGUCAGACCCGGGCCACCGCAGAAUCCCGGGAAUAACAUACCCCCCAAAUUUCCCCCAUGUUCCCACUCCAGAUCCCACGUCUCCAGAGAGAGGCCUCCCCGGCGCUGUGGAGGUGCAGCAGUCCAGCAGCACCACGGGGAUGGUGGUGGGCAUUGUAGCGGCGGCAGCGCUCUGCAUCCUUAUCCUGCUCUAUGCCAUGUACAAGUACCGCAACCGAGACGAGGGCUCCUAUCAGGUGGACCAGAGCCGCAACUACAUCAGCAACUCGGCCACGCAGAGCAACGGCGCUCUGGUGAAGGAGAAACAGCCCGCCACUGCCAAGACGGUCACCAAGAACAAGAAGAACAAAGACAAGGAGUACUAUGUGUGAGGAAGCGCCGCCGUCACACUCAAAGACAGACAGCAGGUGCACUUAGAGAAGGAAAGAGAUGGGAGACGGAAAAAGACGGAGGGAGAGAAAGCAGCUUUGGGGUAGCGGCAAUCACACACCAGCUGAUUUGGUUAAAAUUCAGUAUUGUAAAUUCAAACUACAGCAAAAACAACAUAGAGGCGUCAUUGUCCUUUGCACGCCCUCUUGUAUUCGUUAAAAUGUUAACUGAUUAUGGCGGAAUCUGGCACACCCACUUUUAGAUCUUCAUAGGUACAGUGCCAACAACCCUGGAGACAAUGCUGAUAAAUCAGUGAUUCCUUGGUUUAGCAUUUUAAAAUCUUAAGUACUGUAAAUAUGCACCAUGAAAGGUAUUGGCCUAUAAUACAUUUUGAGUGGGUAAAACUUGAAAAGUCAUUUGCAAACACCAAAACAGAACACACAUUAGCAUUGUGCUAGCAUUCCUGGAACAAAAUUUACCGCCAUCUUACAGAAAUACUUAAGUCGUAAUACAUCUGGGAGUUAAGAAACACCUGUAGUCUCUCGCGUCUGAACGGGUCUCUCUCUCUUUUGCUCAUUGGCUGGCGCUCUCUGUUUCUCUCCUUGUCUACGGUGCCUAGCAGCCGACGCAAUGCGAACUCUGCCAUGUUUCAAGCAUGUAGUAUUCAUUUACGAAAAAGAGAUAAACAGUUUUCCUUUCUGUGGAGUUUAAAAAAAAAAAAACGGGGAAAAAAAAAUCACGAUGACUGACGAUCAUACCGUUAAACGUAGCAACUAUGUGAGAUACCAUCGAGCUCCAACCUAACGGAUGCUAACUUGUACGUUUAGCCGCCAAAAACUCGUGGCCAAACCCAUUUGGCCCAUCUUUGUUCCAGCAGAUAUAUAUCGUGUGUUUCAGGACGCCACAGCGCCCCCGAGUGGGCCAGCAAAGAAACUGUCAUGUUCUUACAGUUACUAAUCACAGAAAAAAACUCCAGCAAACCAGAUGAACUCUGUUCUAUAUAACUAUAAAUAUAUGUAUAGACGAUGCAGAAACUUAUGGACCUAAAGCGUGAGCAAGUCUAUAAGUAAGUUUGCUGACAGAGCACAAGGAAGAUGGACUUCAGGAUUUUUUUGACAACACCCAACUCCCUAAUCUUGACAACCCUAUCCCUCUCAUGAACAGUGUGGCUGAUGAAACACCCUAUGGCAAGAUUCAGCUGCUAUCUUUUAUUUCCUCCCUCCUCAUUUCGGAAUAAAUGACAGACGUUUUAGGGUAAUUCCGAUUACAUUUUUGCGGGAGUUCCAAUGUGGGGGAGAUCUAUUACAGCAGAAUAAAGACCACUUUUUGUCCUUCUCUUGCCUUACUGGACUGAUGGCAGCCAAAGGGCAAAACUAACUUUGUGGGAGGAGUAUCCACAAGAAUGGCUAGUCCCUGGAAGAUGUACAACUGAACUUUAGUAUUCCAAUUUUCAACUCUAUAAAAAAAAGUAAACUGAACCAUGAAAAGAAAAUUCCUGAAACAAGUUUGUGAAAUGUCUAAAUAUUUGACUCUCAUCCCAUUACUGAGACAGACAUGUGUUUUCCCUACUAUCAUUCCUGUUUGAGGAAAAAAAAAUGUCCUGGGAUACUGAAAUUUCUAUGUAUUUUCUUUUGGUAACUGAGCAAAUGUGAUUUGGGUUAUAACAUAGCAUUCCCGAUUUCCAUGGAAAAAUAAGAUCCUCUUUUAUUCUGUUUCUGUCAUUGUUCAUCUUUUGUUUCUUUUCCUUUUUGUGUCCUGCAUCUAUUCCUUCUACAGCAGAUUGUCCAUCUGUCAAUCUUUUUCUUUUUUCCACUUGCCAGGUUCCAUCGAUUUUCCCCGUCAUGUUCGUCUGGUUUUUCUCCUCCUUCUCCAUUUCAGACAUACUCCUCCCAGUAUCUACCUGUUCUUUCUAAAUGUUAUUGUAAAGUGUUCCAGUGAGAUGACUCUAAAUAUGUGUACAUUAACAGAGGGAAUACACUUGGUUAUAUACUUCUUA